GGCUGUGGGUGCAGCGAUGGCUGCACAUGGCCUAGGAGAGCAGCCGCUGCCCCCCAAACUUUGUGCUUUCCAAGACACAGAUCUACACCGGAACACUGGCAAGUGGAGGUUGGGCAUCGGCGACCUCUUCCACAGCGGUGGGGCGUGUGGUGCCAGCUCACAAACCGCCCAGCAGAGUGCCAGGCUCAGAAUAGGGGCGGCUGACUUGCCCUCCCUUCUAUGGCUUCUAGAACUGUCUCCCCAAGUCCUGUUCCCAGGCUACCACGGCGAUCCCUGCUCUGCAGCCUGAAGGGGUCACAAUGGCAGGGGCUGCAGGCCGGGCCCUCUGUGACAUCACGAGCAUCCAGCAGAAGCUGCCCAGCCCCGGCGCCAAGCCAACAGACCCACCAUGAGCGGCGCCCGGCCCCAGCUCUGCCCACCAUGCGGACGCUGAGAUGGCCCCUGUUCUUCCCCCUCUGCCUCUCCUGCGGCUGCGCCUUCAUGUUCUCGUCGCUGAGGGAGAUGGCCAGAGAGCCCCAGGGGAAGGCGCCCUGCGGAGGGCACUUCCGGAUCAGGCAGAACCUUCCAGAGCACGCCCAAGGCUGGCUUGGGAGCAAAUGGCUCUGGCUUUUUUUCGUUGUUGUGCUGUAUGUGAUACUGAAGUUUCGAGGAGAGAGUGAGAAGAGUAAGGAGCAGAAUAUUUCCAGCCUUCGAGGCUGUCAAUUCCGCUCGCCACUAAAGAAAAGUCCAAAGGCUUCCCCCACCAAAGACCACGCGUUUAACACGCUGACCCAGCUCGAGAUGGACCUGGUGAAGUUUCUGUCCAGGGUGCGGAAUCUGAAAGUCACCAUGGCAACUGGAAGCCCCCCCAAGCUGCAAAACCCAGAGCUGCCCCCGGACCCCCACAACAACAUCACCAUCUACGAGAUCUGGGGGGAAGAGGAGUCCGAGUGAGUGGAUUUGGGCAUCAGAGUAGGAGAGAAGAGUGCUGACAAGCAGUAUCCAAUCUAA